GGGCCCGCCCCCCCGGGACUCGGCGCCGAAGCCGCGCUCGCCCGCGGGGGACCGAGCGCGCCGCCGGGGCUAGACAGCCGCGUAGUCCGAGGAGCGCGGCCGGGAGCUGAGAGCCGGACAGAGCGGUGCGCGGGAGCUAUGAUGUCGACCUACAAGCGGGCCACGCUGGACGAGGAAGACCUGGUGGACUCGCUCUCCGAGGGUGACGGGUACCCAAACGGCCUGCAGGUGAACUUCCGCAGCCCCCGGAGUGGCCAGAGAUGCUGGGCUGUGCGAACCCCGGUCGAGAAGCGUCUGGUGAUAUUGGUGGCACUUCUUGCAGCAGGACUGGUGGCCUGCUUCGUAGCACUGGCUGUGCAGUACCGGACAAGAACGCCCCCAGUGUGCCUGAGCCAGGCCUGUGUCUCAGUGACCAGCUCCAUCUUGAGUUCCAUGGACCCCUCGGUGGACCCCUGCCAGGACUUCUUCACCUAUGCCUGCGGCGGCUGGAUCAAAGCCAAUCCCGUGCCUGAUGGCCACUCACGCUGGGGGACGUUCAGCAACCUCUGGGAACAUAACCAAGCCAUCAUCAAGCAUCUCCUCGAAAACUCCACAGCCAGUGUGAGUGAAGCAGAAAAGAAGGCCCAAGUAUACUACCGUGCAUGUAUGAACGAAACCAGGAUCGAGGAGCUUAAGGCCAAGCCCCUGAUGGAGCUGAUUGAGAGGCUCGGGGGCUGGAACAUCACAGGGCCUUGGGACAAGAACAACUUCCAGGACACCCUGCAGGUGGUCACCUCCCACUACCGCACCUCGCCCUUCUUCUCCGUCUACGUCAGUGCCGACUCUAAGAACUCCAACAGCAAUGUGAUCCAGGUGGACCAGUCUGGCCUGGGCUUACCCUCAAGGGACUAUUACCUGAACAAAACUGAAAAUGAAAAGGUGCUGACGGGAUACCUGAACUACAUGGUCCAGCUGGGGAAGCUGCUGGGCGGCGGGGACGAGGACGCCAUCCGGCUGCAGAUGCAGCAGGUCCUGGACUUUGAGACAGCCCUGGCCAACAUCACCAUCCCCCAGGAGAAGCGUCGAGAUGAGGAGCUCCUCUACCACAAAGUGACGGCGGCCGAGCUGCAGACCUUGGCCCCUGCCAUCAACUGGCUGCCCUUCCUCAACACCAUCUUCUACCCUGUGGAGAUCAACGAAUCGGAGCCGAUCGUUGUCUACGACAAGGAGUACCUCGGGCAGGUGUCUACCCUCAUCAACAACACCGACAAAUGCCUGCUGAACAACUAUAUGAUCUGGAACCUGGUGCGGAAGACAAGUACCUUCCUCGAUCAGCGCUUUCAGGACGCCGAUGAGAAAUUUAUGGAAGUCAUGUAUGGGACCAAGAAGACCUGUCUUCCUCGCUGGAAGUUUUGUGUGAGUGACACAGAAAACAACUUGGGCUUCGCCCUGGGCCCCAUGUUUGUCAAAGAGACCUUCGCCGAGGACAGCAAGAACAUAGCCAGCGAGAUAAUCCUGGAGAUUAAGAAGGCAUUUGAGGAAAGCCUGAGCACCCUGAAGUGGAUGGAUGAAGACACAAGGAAAUCAGCCAAGGAAAAGGCAGAUGCAAUCUACAACAUGAUAGGCUACCCCAACUUUAUCAUGGACCCCAAGGAGCUCGACAAAGUGUUCAACGACUACACGGCAGUUCCGGACCUCUACUUCGAGAACGCCAUGCGGUUUUUCAACUUCUCAUGGAGGGUCACUGCUGACCAGCUCAGGAAGGCUCCCAACAGAGACCAGUGGAGUAUGACCCCUCCCAUGGUGAACGCUUACUACUCUCCCACCAAGAAUGAAAUUGUGUUUCCGGCCGGAAUCCUGCAGGCCCCGUUCUACACCCGCUCUUCACCCAAGGCCUUAAAUUUUGGUGGCAUUGGUGUCGUCGUGGGCCAUGAGCUGACUCAUGCUUUUGAUGAUCAAGGACGGGAGUACGACAAGGACGGGAACCUCCGGCCCUGGUGGAAGAACUCGUCCGUGGAGGCUUUCAAGCGGCAGACCGAGUGCAUGGUGGAGCAGUACGGCAACUACAGUGUGAAUGGGGAGCCGGUGAACGGCCGCCACACCCUCGGGGAGAACAUCGCCGAUAACGGGGGCCUGAAGGCAGCCUAUCGGGCCUACCAGAACUGGGUGAAGAAGAACGGAGCUGAGCAGACGUUGCCCACCCUCGGUCUUACCAAUAACCAGCUCUUCUUCCUGGGCUUUGCGCAGGUCUGGUGCUCCGUCCGCACGCCCGAGAGCACCCACGAAGGCCUCAUCACUGAUCCCCACAGCCCCUCCCGCUUCCGGGUCAUCGGCUCCGUCUCCAACUCAAAGGAGUUCUCCGAACACUUCCGCUGCCCACCUGGCUCACCCAUGAACCCGCACCACAAGUGUGAAGUCUGGUGAGGGGCAAAGCACCCAAAGCUCAGACUGAGGAGGGGGAGGGGCUGAGGACAAGCCCUCAGGGUGGAGCCAACAAGGCUGUCCCCUCCAUCCAGUGCCCACGAUGUCACCCAGCCCCCUUGGCCACCCAAGGCUCCCUACCCCGCACUGGAGGGUUUUCAGCCGGAACUGAGCCUGUGAUGUGGGUUCUUAGCAUAAUCCGAGAUUUGAUCCCCUGUGAAGACCCUGUCAUCCCAGGCACGCGUGUGUCAACUCUAACGGGCAUUUGGGUGUCAGGCUGGUUGCUCCCCAGGCCUGGGCCCCACACCGACAAGGGCAAUGGGCACAGCCCCAUGGCCACAUCCAGCGCCAGAUGCACCACAAACACCACUGUGUCAAAUGCUUUAAAGAUAUAUUUUUGGGGAAACUAUUUUUUAAACAUUGUGGAAUACACUGGAAAUCUUCAGGGAAAUAAUGCAUUUAAAACACUUUUUUUUUUUAAGGGAAGGAUUGGUAUAUUUAUUAUGUUCUGUUUUUCUAAAUAACCUGUGGACAAGGGAAGCCCCACUGACUGACCCCUCUCUCUUCCUCACUCGCUGCAAGGUUGGGCUUCAGCAGUGAUCCCCAGUCCAGUGAGCAGGUCCCCCAAGAGAGAGCUGCCUCAGGCCUUGGGAUAUAGGAGUUCAGCCUCCCUCCAUCACCUGGUUCUGCGGUCACCUGGUGCAGAGGACAGGCAUGGAGGCCAGGCCGAGGAAAAGGCCAACCCUCUUCGAGUGCCUGCCUCUGUCCCCAGAGUCCAGCAAUGGGAGCCCCAUCAAGGCAGGUCUGAUCCCCAAAGUUACAGCAGGGGGCUGAUGGCUGCAGCAGCGGGAUGCUAGGUCAGGGCUGUCAAACCCGGUCUGCGGUUCCCGAGUACCCUGGAUCUGGACCGCAGGAGUCCUGUGAGCUUGAGAAACGCCCGCUCCGCCCAUCAGACAUACUCUCCUAUGCCAUAGAUGUCUUCUUUCUGUCCCUUCUUUUUCGGCUGCCCCAUGUCUGUCCCAGGGGCCUGUUGCCUCUCUGCAGCCAUGCCCCCACCCCAGCCACUUCAGGGUCUGCCUUGCCGACCCUCUUCGCCAGGGGAGGAAGAAGAAAACAGCUCUCAUCACCCACAGGGUCCAGAUCCUCCCUGUGAACUCCGGCCUCCACAGCCCGGCCUGGAGCUGGCUCCUGGGACUGCAGCCAUCCCCGCCCUCUCUUCUCUAGUGCCUUAUCUGAGGCUGUAACCCCGGGCGCACCCCACGGAGACAGCCCCUCACUCCCAGGGCCCCUUGGCUCCUCAGUGAAGCUCCCAAGUGUCCUGACCAGAACCUAAGGCCAUACCCCUUAUCCCAUGACCCACAGCUGCCUCUUACAGCAAUGCCAAGCACUGGCCUGCAGGUCAGGGGCACCAAGGCCAGGCGUCUGAGGGACCCCUGGACUUUCCCUGGGCUCCAGCCCACUGUCAGCCCCUUGGGGGUCUACAAGUCCAAGAUGGUGUUCGUAGCUAGUUGGAAUCCUCUCCUUGGGGAGUGCUUUCAGUCGGGAGGCCGCGAGAAGAAGGUUCUCCCAGCCCGGUCAGUCUGGCCUGUGGUGUCAGGGGACCAGGAAUGGCACCCCUCCCUGAGUCCACAGUUCAGGAGCUCCCCCAGGUGGAGCUAAUCAUAGUCCCCUCUGGUUAUCUGGGGAAGCAGGCAACUGGGACUGCGGCCGGAGCAGCCAGUGCCAGCCACGGUUCUGCCAUCUGGGCAGCCCUGGCGGCCUGGCCAGGCCCCGCUCACACAGCCACUCGCCCUGCCCAGGAAGCCAGAUCCCCCAUGUCCCAGCGGAGCAAAGCUCAGCCACUGCGUCAGCCACCUUCCGUUCAGCCCUGGAUCUACGGCAGGGCUGUUGGAAGUGGGUUCCUGAUGAGGCCCCCUGGUCCCCACAAGCGGCAGGCCUGGUAGUUCUUCCGAGGAAAGUAGGACAGGAGCCAGACGAGGAGCUUGAGUCAGGAGCCUGCCAUACGCACCUUGCCACAUAGAGUCGUCUUUCUCAGCCCUGGUGCCUUCCCUGUGCUCGCUCUUCCCCUACCCCCCCUGCUUCUGGCCUUGCCUUUGGGGGGUCAGCAGUCCCUGAGAGUGUCUGUCAGCACCAUGGACUGGGACCUCCAGCCAGAAGCAAGUGUCCUAGCGCUGAGGGUCCAGCCAGAGGGAACGUAGACCGCACGCUGCUUCAGGGUGUACUGUGUGUGGCGGGGGGGCAAGGGAGGGGACGUGGGGCCCAGCCCCGGAGGAAUGGAGAGACCCCUCUGCUUAAGCCCAGGGAGCCAAAAGGCUGGCUUCUCUGCAGGUACAUGGACAUGGGGUUUAGAGCUGGGAAUCUAUUUUUUGUAUUAUUGUUUUGUGCUACUGUAGUUUUUGGUGUGGCACUAUUGUAAUUGAAAUAAAGUACUUGUACC